GUCAUGGAAGCCUUGGUUUACUUUGUUCUGAUGUAGACCAAUUAGAAGGGGUGCGCUUGGUGCUCUUUAUGACAACCGCUGUUCUGGUCGCCUUUGUCUUGACUCGGAGCCUUGCUGUGCGUAACCUUCGAGAAGACAAGAGACAAGAAUAAAGUUCCUGAUGCAAUCCCUUGUGCCACUUUCAGUGCCCGCUUCAUAUAAGGCUCAACCGGCCUCUACAGUCUCUCAUCUUUCUACUACAUCAUGGCUCCUCAAUGCGCUAUAUGCCUCAGUGAUCUCAGGAAUCCCGUCACCACUCCUUGUGGACAUGUCUUCUGCUCUGAAUGUCUAAUGAGAGCCACUGCACGGGCUACUGAUGGGUUCCAUACUUCUUGCCCGUGUUGUCGAAAACGGUUUCCUAUCGCCGUUCCUGAUGUUCGAUAUUUACCGGCACAGUUCCGUCCAUUUGUCCUGGAUCCUAUCAGGAGCAUCUACUUCGCUACGGAUGACCCUCACGACCGGUCGGAUAUCAUACAACGCAAUGAAUCUUUGGAAAGGGAGAAUGAAUUAUUGAGGGCCAGAGUCCAGGAGCUGGAGGCCGAUGGCGCGUCAUCCCAUCCGGGGAAUGAGGAGGAGGAGGGAUCUGAUCCUCAGGAAAUCGACACCCCUGUGUUCUUAGAUCAUCCGGACCCCGACCUCGUUUUAUCCGAAGUGACUUCGAACUCUCUCGUUCCCCUGUAUGUUGCUACGAACUCUGCAUAUCCAAGAAGUGCCCCGCUUUUCAGGCCGGAAACGCAGCUCAUUCCUCCUCCACAUCCAACCCACACCGGCCCAGCCCGUUCAUUCGCUCCAGCGUCUGUCAUGGGGCUCAAUAGGCCGACUUCUGGUCAGACCAUCUCCGGAACAUUCACCUUUUCUAGGUCCGAAACACGAUCCAACUAUUCCACCGCUUUAGCUCGUCCGACAGGUCCGGUUGGGCCAACGUCAUCUAACAUGGGUAACGUGCUGGUGCCCGGUCCUAGAACCUUCAUAUUUAAUUUUCCAGAAUCGCAUCAUUCUACCCCUUCCAUUCCAGCUCCUCGGUGGGGUGCAGGCCCAUCUUCCACAGUUCGCCCCACUAGUUCUGGAAAUACUGGCAAUCUCUCGUUCUCCCACCCAGGCGCACAAUGGACCGUCCCAUCGAAUUCUGCCUUCAAUUUUCCGAACCAAUCCGCCUCAAAUUCGGUUUUAAAUGCAACUGGACCUCGAUACCUCUUUUCCAGGCGAGAGUCACACCCUCGCAUGGCCACAGCCGCUACCCUUGGUCUGGGUUCAUCUGCAACGAAUUCUACCGCGGACGACGUUCCAAACUCUUCUUCAACAAGUGGAUCUGAAAGUCGACGGCCAUCGUCAUCUUAAUUUCAAUUCCAAUGUCUUCUCAUAAAAUAUUAUACAUUCCAUGUUCUCGGUAUACUACUGCUAUCGCCAUUGAUAUGCAUCCAACAUAUGUAAUGUGGAAUAAAUAUUUAGAGUCAAUUUCCCUAUGCCAUGCGUAUCACCUGCUAUUACCAUCCUCCUGAGAGUCAGACCGUGCCAUGAUAUCACGUGCCCGUGUCUUU